AAAUCAAAGUAAAGGAAUCCGUAGAGUCUGUAUCAUUCUUUAACAGAGAAUCCAGCAGAAUCCAUUUUCACUGUUUGAAAUAAUUUCUUCCUCUAGCCGCCAAAUUCCAAUCAUGUCUAUCCUCAACGGUUGUAUAUAAAAACUCCUAUAAGAGAAGGGUCCCAGAUUGAGGUAGACCCCACUCAAAAUGCAAGUCCAAAUGCAGAAGCCAAAGAAAAUGCAAGAGUUUAUUCAUUUUAAUCCACACCAUCCAUUUAUGGUCAUCUUAUUGGUAAUUCACUUAAAGGGAUUAGGAUUAGGAUUCCGUUUGGGCUGCACCAGUCUUUUUCUUUGAACAUUUCUCUGUAAAUCUCUCAUUAUUUGUAGAAAUUUGAUCUUUUUUUUUUUUUGGAGGGUUAUUUAUUUAUAUAAGUUUUGGUUUAAUUAUUGUCAUGGAUUUGACUUUUAUUUUUGUCGUUUUUUUCUAGUCAUGAGUGAUUGUAUUAUCAAUGAUUUCCACACAGAAAAACAAAUUUUCCCAUUUCUUGGAAAUUCUUGACAUGGGAUAUUGAACUGCAAUUUGAGAUUCAUUCUUGAUUGAGGGAUUCUCAUUUCUUGAACUGGGAAUUUAUUUCUGUUUUCUAUUUUGUUGAUUUUUAUCUUGAUUUAUUGUCGAGAUUGGAGUUGAAGAGUUUGGAUUUCUCCACAUGUUUGGUGGCUCUGGAAUGAAUCUGAUUACAAUAAUUAUUGGAUUUGGAAUGAGUGCAACUUUUAUUGUUUUUGUCUGCACUCGACUCAUUUGUGGGAGGCUCCGGCGAAUAGAAUCUGGGGAAAUGUUUGAGAUUGACUCAAGGAUUGAUCUUCAGAUGCCAGAACGCCGGGCUAAUGGCCUUCAACCGGGUGUAGUUGCUGCAAUUCCCAAACUGAUGUUCAACCGUGAGGCUUUCAGUUCAACAGAAGAUAUGCAGUGUACAAUAUGCUUAGCAGAGUAUCAAGAGAGAGAAGUUCUGAGAAUCAUGCCGAACUGUGGCCAUAGUUUUCAUCUUUCUUGCAUUGAUAUAUGGCUAAGAAAACAGUCUACUUGUCCAGUCUGCCGGCUUUCAGUGCAGAAUACUUUCGAAACAAAACAUGCUCGGGCAACUACGUUGGCAGAGUCCCAAUCGUUUGACAGCUCAGAAAUUAUGGCCGAACAUUCUCAACAAUGGCUUCUACCCACUCUCGAGCAUUCAGGCGGUAAUCGGGGAACCAGCCACGGGAAUGCUGAUCAUACUUCCAUUGACUUAAACUUGGGUGUUUCCAGUGCAGCAAUGCCAAGAUCAUGACCGGAGAAAAGACCGUUGCUACAUUUCCUGGUUCUAACUGUUGUUACUUUUUUUCUUUUUCGCAAUGCUUUAGCUAAACAAGAUUUAGAAUGAAAUUUUAUGUCAGAGAAAGAGAGACACACCAUGUUUGUAUAUAUUUUUAUGUUCGAAAAAAUUUAGGUUGUGAUAAUU